UUUAUGACUACCUUUUUUAUUUUAUAUCUAAUUAAUUUUCAUCACCAAAGUUCUAAGUAAAAUGAUGAUAUCGUAUUUAAAACGGACAAAAUUUUAUGUGUUUUUAUACAAUUAACUUUUACCAUGGCUGUGUUUAUAAAUAUUUAUAAAUUUUUCAUCAUUGUGAUUAUUUGUCAUGAAUGUGUUUGUUAUAAUAUUUUAGUUGUAACACCAAUGCCUGUUAUAAGUCAUGCUAUUUUAGGCAAUUCUUUUGUUAAAUUAUUGCUAAAUGCAGGACAUAAGAUUACACAUGUAACUGGAAUCCCUUACAACAUAUCUCAUCCGAACCUACGUCGCUUUGAAGUUGAUUACUAUCUUGAAAGUAUACCAAAUAUGGACAGUUCUAGAGCUUUUGGUCGUAUUAUAAGAGAGCUAUUUAUUUCAUCUCUACGUGAAAAGGAUGUGAACAUGUUACUUAGGGAUACUAAGGAAAGAUUUGACUUAGUUGUGGCCGAGUGGAUGUUCAAUGAUUUAUACGCUGGAUUAUCAGCGUUAUACGAUUGUCCUUUGCUUUGGUUUUCCGCGACAGAAUCUCAUUGGAUGAUGCUACGUUUACUUGAAGAUACAAUUAAUUCACAAGACAAAACCUCUAAAUAUAUCCCUCCGUUUAUAACAAGUUAUAUAAUACAAGACAUGUAUUUAUAUAAUUUGGAAAAAGAAGCUUAUGAAAAUAUUUUUACUCCGUUAAUGGACUUAAGAGGUAAAAGUCUAAUAAAAUUUGAAGAGUCAAAGUAUUUUGGUGCCCAAAUAUUGGUUUAUCUAAAUGUCUUACCACACGAAGCAAAGAAUUGGCCACGAAAAUUCAAGCCUAUCGCUGGAUAUCAUAUUGAUCGUCAAGUGGAACCAUUACCGAAGGAUUUGCAAAGUAUAAUGGACAAUGCUAAGUAUGGUGUUAUUUACUUUAGUAUGGGUUCAAAUUUGAACAGUCAAGAUAUAUUGGAUGGUUAUAAUGAAAUAUUAAUGGAAGUAUUCAGUAAUUUAAGACAAGUUGUACUCUGGAAGCAUGACUUAAAGUUUUCUCAUUUACCAAGUAAUGUUCACGUUUUGAAAUGGGCACCACAACAGAGUAUAUUAUCUCAUCCAAACUGCAUUCUAUUUAUGACACAAGGUGGUGCACUUUCGUCAAUAGAGGCGUUACAUUUCGGAGUAGCAAUACUUGGAAUACCAAUUAUCGCAGAUCAAUUUACAAAUAUUGAACGUGCUGUCGACCAAGGAUAUGCUAAACAAGUAGAUUUUCCAUAUUCCACUGGGGAAGAUAUAAGGGAUACCAUUGAGGAAAUGAUCAGAAAUCCAAGGUUUCGCAAUAAAGUAAAGGAAUUAUCAAGAAAAUAUCACAAUCAGUCAUCACCUGGUACGGACUUAGUACGUUAUGUGAGGAAAGUGAUUCGUGCUGGAAUUACUAAAUACAGUGCACCAUAUGAAACUUUGUAUUUGAAGAAGAUAUUUAUAAAUUUAGGUUUAUGGGGAAUAAUCUUAUUGACUUCGCUUCGAUUUAUAUUCAAAAAUUUUAUCAGGCUUAGAAGGUCUAAGAAACUGAAUGCAUAAUUUAGUGUUGUUUUUUAUGUCUUUUACUUUGAUUUUUAUUAC